GAGUCGCAACAAAUCCAAAUAAAACCAGAAUCAAUUCGCAAACAAUGUCAAACACGCUCUGAUAAACCGGUCACCUCUUUCCUCAGCGCGCGUGAAAACUUGUUCAGGUUUCUCUUCCCCGAACGAACAGAUUUGGCGACAUCUCUCUUCUUCCCCCAUCAAACCCAAUCUCCCACGGAAAAAGAAAAAGAGAAGAAGAAACCCUAUUUUUUUCAGUAACAAUGAGUUUUAAAUUUAGGGUUUCCCACUUUCCCUAACCUAAUACUCAUUAUCUAUGUUACAUCGAUCUUUGAAAUCACCGAAAGGAGAGGUUUUUAUUGACCAUGGAGUUGUCGACGGAGGUUUCUACGACUACUACUCUAAUGGAAGUAGAUAUUGGGAAUUCUACAGAGUCUUUACAAAGAUUCUUGGAAUUACAAAAAGACCUAUUUCAUAGUCAGAUUGAUCAGCUUCAAAAUAUUGUUGUAACACAAUGUAAACUUACUGGUGCUAAUCCUCUUUCUCAAGAAAUGGCAGCUGGUGCAUUAUCGAUUAAUAUUGGUAAAAAGCCUAGGGAUUUGCUUAAUCCCAAAGCAGUUAAGUACAUGCAAUCAGUCUUUUCUAUCAAAGAUACGAUAAGUAAGAAGGAAUCUCGUGAGAUAAGUGCUCUUUGUGGUGUUGCAUUAACACAGGUUCGAGAGUAUUUUGCUAGUCAACGUUCAAGAGUGAGGAAGUUUGUUCGCUUGGCAAGGGAGAAGGCAAUUAAGACUGAUGUACCUAAGACACUUCAAGAUGGGUGCUCCACUGGUUCUGAUCCAUCUGCACCUCUUAUUGACCAAGCUCCCUUGAACUCCAUUAAUGAUCAAGCUACCUUGAACUGUACUGAUGAUCAAGCUCCCUUGGACACUGUCAAUGAUCAAGCUCCCUCAGACCCAAUAGCUGACCAGUCUUUGUUAAACCCUGUUAUAGAUCCAGCUUCGCUAAACACUAUUAUCAAUCAGGCUCCUUUGAAUACCAUUAUUGACCAAGCUCAGUUAGAUUCUGUAAUUGAUAGAGCUCCCUUAAACACUAUGGAUCCUAUGGUUAUUCAAGAAGGACCUUCCAGUUCAUUGCAAGAGGAAAACUUUCCUGGAAUAGAUGCUUCUGAUAAAAAUUUUGUUGAGAAUAUUUUUGAUAUGAUGCGGAAAGAGGAGACAUUUUCCGGGCAGGUGAAGCUGAUGGAGUGGAUCAUGCGUAUACAAAAUGCUUCAGUUUUAUACUGGUUUUUAAACAAAGGUGGUCUGAUGAUUUUGGCGGCCUGGUUAAGUGAUGCAGCUAUUGAAGAGCAAACCACUGUUCUUCUUGUUAUUCUUAAGGUACUUUGUCACCUUCCAUUACAAAAAGCUCUUCCUCUCCAGAUGUCGGCAGUAUUGCAAACUGUUAAUAGGCUGCGGUUUUACCGAACAUCAGACAUAUCAAACAGGGCAAAAGUUCUGUUGACAAGAUGGAGCAAACUAUUCGUUAGAAGCCACACCUUGAAUAAACCCUCCCAUACGGAUUCCCGAAGCAAUAUGCAGAGGGGCAUUUCAAAAAAACAGAGGACCUCUGAGAUGAUUAACAAUGAAAUGCAGUCGAAUGUUGAUAUCCCUGAGGACAUUAUUGCUUUUAGUUUGGAAGGUUCAGAAAAUUGCAGGAAACAAGAACCUCCCCAGACACUAAAGUUGCUCUCAGCUCCUGGAGAUGAUACAAAUAAGCGAAACAUGCGCGGCGCAUCUAUCCAAUCAAGAGAACGGCGAAAAGUUCUCCUAGUGGAACAGCCUGGACGGAACACCACUGACAGAAGCCUUCAGGUUGCAAGACCUGUUAAUCCUAACCAAGGCCGUCCCAUGUCAGCUGAUGAUAUUCAAAAAGCCAAGAUGCGGGCAAUGUUCAUGAGGAGCAAAUAUGGAAAGAGUGGAUCAUCCCCUAAAGAAAAUCAACAGCCAAAGACCGAAGGUCCAAGCAGGGCAUCAGUUUCUCAGCCUGGUCAUUUGCUUACACCGUCAAUUAGUUCGCCUGUGAGGGCAAAAAUUGAGGAAAUAAGAAAAUCUUUAGUACCUUCCUCAGAAAAUUCUCCUGUUAAGCCACAAAUUGAGGAAAUGAAAGAAUCUGUAAUACUUCCAUCAGAAAAUUCUCCUGUUAGGCCACAAAUCGAGGAAGUGAGAGAAACCGUAGUAUUUUCAUCAAUAACUUCUCCUGUUAGGCCACAUAUUGAGGAAAUGGGAAAACCCAUAGUACUUUCAUCAAAAACUUCUCCUGUUAGGCCCCAACCCCAGGAAAUGCGAGAAUCUGUACUACUUCCAUCAGGAACUUCUCCUGUUAGGCCAGAAAUUGAGGAUAUCAGAAAACCUUUAGUAUUUUCCUCAGAAACUACUACUACUUUGCUGGAAACAUCAAUUCGUUCAAAGCUGAGCUUGAGCCCUCAGAAUCGUCCCUCACUGGAUAAGUUGAAGAGGGAUCGAAUAUCAUGGCAGAUGCCACCAGAGAUAAAAAUCAACAGUCUAUGGAGAGUUGGUGUCGGCGAAAAUAGCAAAGAAAUUGAAAUUCAAAGCAACAGGAUCAGAAGGGAGAGAGAAACUAUCUAUCAGAGGAUUCAAGAUAUCCCAUCUGAUCCGAAGAAGCCAUGGGAUCAGGAAAUGGAUUAUGAUGAUACCCUAACCCCAGAAAUUCCAACAGAACAACCUCUAGAUGUUGAUACUGCAGAAAAUAACUCAUCUUACCAUCAAGAAACUGUGACAGGACCUUCCACCUCUUACUCGGUUCCUGUUAGUACUGGAAGUGUUGCUGCUGAACCAGAACCUGAUCUUGAAUUAUUGGCGGUGCUUCUCAAGAACCCUGAUUUGGUUUUUGCAUUAACUUCUGGACAAGGUGGAAAUAUUAGUAGUGAGGAGACAGUUAAGUUGCUUGACAUGAUUAAGAAAAAUGGAUUAGGCCAAACAACUGGUGUUUCAAAUGGGUUUGUUGGCGGGAACCACCCUACGAAUAUGGAUAUGACAUCUCUUCCUUCUCCAACUCCUCCAUCAGAAAUUAGAAUGAAUCGAUGGAGGUCAGAAGUUGCCAAGGACCCCAUUGUUGCUGCGGCUCACACCAUUUCUGUAUCAGACCAGCGCCACCCAACAGGUCUAAUGCAGCCUGAAAAUUCAAUAUUGGAAUACCACAUGCAGCAGGCGCAGUCAAACCAGCAUCAUCAGCCAGUACUGAAUCCUGAAUAUUUUGCGUCAGGACUAACUCAACAGUCAAGCCCACCCUCUAGCUUUCCCAACCAACAAGCGCAACUAAGAACUAACCCUUAUAUUAACCAAGUACAACAACAAUCCACCAUCAGUUCACUGCAACAAAGUAUUCUGGCUACAGCAUUGCCAUUGCUGCAACCAGAAGCAGCAUAUAACUAUGGGCAAGUGCAUAAUCACAGCAUGAAGCCAGCCACAGUUCCAACUUUACAAGAGCCAGCUGCUCAAAUGUCAUGGCAGUGGAAUGAAGUAAGCAGACCUUCGUGGGAGAGAAAUGAGUACGUGAGAGAGCAGGAUAUCCGGUAUUCAAGUCCAGAUAGUAAUAUGGACUAUGGAAAUGGGUGGGAUAGUACUGGUAUUACUGGCGGUGGAGGUGGCCGUGGCAGGAAUUCUAGGAAUUCUAAUUUGUCAAGGAGACGGGAUUUUGACCGUCGAGACCUACCUAGAAACGGUGGGAGUAGGACUUGGCGUAGAUGAUUUAAUAUGAACUGAAUGGAAACCCAAAAAUAGAAAAAAUAUACAUUAUUGUCGUUCAAUGAUCAUUCUUUUAAACGUUC